UUACACAUCUCACAUAACACGCUAUAUUUCAUUCAUACCCACAAACAAGUAGUAGGGAGAAAAAAAAUAAAAGAAAAAUCUACAAAAAGAUUUAGAUGUUAACCCCCCCAACCUAGAUCUUUGAGUAGUUGACACAAUCCGACCCCUACACUCUUCAUUACCACAUAAAUUUACAACCUUUUUUUAAUUUUAAUUUAUUUUUGUUUUAUUAUUUUUCUGCUAUGGAUUUGUGUUUGAUCUUUGAAAAUAGGUUUGCAAGCAGCUGGUGUGUACAAGAAUGUCAGGUUUUUUCUCACUAGAACAACCCGGAAUUGCAAUUAGUAAAGUUCACAAAAACCACCAUCAAAACCAUCAUCAAAACCAUCAAGAUCAAGAACAUGAUGGUAGUAUAAUAAGUCCAUACAGUUUGUACCUAUUCAAGAACGAAGAGAUCUACGGCAAAGGUUUUGAAUUAUGGCAGCAGAAUGAUCAGAAUUAUGGUGGUAAAAUAUUAGGGAUGAGGCAAGGUGGGUACGGUGGGAUCACCGGUGGAAGUAGCGGCGGAAUGAACUGUCAAGAUUGUGGUAACCAAGCGAAAAAAGACUGUCAACAUAUGAGGUGUAGAACUUGCUGCAAAAGCCGUGGGCUUCAAUGUCAAACCCACGUGAAAAGCACAUGGGUACCGGCGGCUAAACGCCGGGAACGGCAGCAGCAGCUCAUGUCUUUAGCUCAACAUAAUUCAGGCAACCAACAGUUGAGUUUGGUGAUGAGAGCCACCGGUGGUGAUAGUCAAGCCACUAAAAGAUUGCGAGAAGAUCACCAUCAUAACCGGGCUGUCGCCGUCGCCGGCAGCCGUGGUGGCGGUAUGGGUGUCAUCUUGCCUGCUUCACAACAUCACAACACUUCUUCAGGGUUAGAAGUGGGUAACUUUCCAGCGGAAGUGAGUUCUCCGGCGGUGUUCCGGUGCGUUAGAGUGAGUGCGAUGGACGAGGAGGAGGUGCAAUUGGCGUAUCAGACGGCGGUGAGCAUUGGUGGUCAUGUUUUCAAGGGAAUUCUAUAUGAUCAUGGUCCGGAGGGUCGAUACAACCACCCUGGUGAAGGUAGUUCAUCCGGUGGUGGACAGCUUAAUCUUAUAACUUCCGGCACGACGGCUACGGCGACUGAACCCACCGGUGUUAAUCCGGGGGUUGGUUUUAUUGAUCCAUCUUCAACAUACCCUACUCCUUUUAGUGCAUUCAUGGCGGGUACGCAAUUCUUCCCACCACCAAGAUCUUGAAAAAAGAAGAAAAAACUCAUGAAAUCCUAAUUAUUGGUAAGAACUUUUGUUAUUCUAACAAAAAAAAAAAAGGCAUUAAUAGUACAUUUAUCGAGGUUUUUAGUAGCUAUUAAUGUUUUUUAAGUUUUGAAUACUCAUUAAAAUAUGAUCUGUUAAAGGUACAAUGGAAGUGUAUGGAAAUUUAAGGAGUUUGGGAUGUUUUAUGAGAUGUAAUUUAAUGUAUUUUCUCUUGGAA